CCCUUUCAAACUAGUUGUCGUUUGCUUUUCUUGCUUGUGCCUACCUUUCUUAUCCUGUAUAUUCCUGAAGCCUCACCUGUUUCACCUUCCUCAAGUUCCCCUUGACGCUCAUGUCGGAUCACCCGCCGUCGUCACCAUCGGACGCUGCCCCUACCAAUGGCGUCGACGUCGAGGGGCAGGCCCCUCCCAGCCCCGGCGAGGGUGCGCUGUCGCCCUCGUCACACUCGGUGCCCUUGACGAGGACGGUCGCCAUGAUCAAGACGCACGCGCUUCAUCACCGCUUUGACAUCGAAACCCGAAUCUCCGAGGCAGGCUUCGAGGUCCUGAAGGAGCGCCAAAUGGAGUUCGACACGGACACGGACCCGGAGACGUUGUACGAGCUCUUCGGCGAGGACGCGGAAUCGUUCAGAGAGGGCCCGGUAUGGGUGUACGUCUUGGAGCGGAGGCGCGCAGUCGAAAUGCUGCAAGGUCUCAUGGGGCCCCCUGUUCCGGAAAUCGCCCGCCAGAACGCUCCCAACUCCCUUCGCGCUCUCUACGGUAUCGACGCACAGCAGAACGCCAUCAUGGGCUCAUCCGACGACGAGACUGCGGAAAUCCAGAUCGCAUCCUUGUUCGCGUCUUCCCCACCCUUCCCCACCACGGAGCUUCCCGACGUCGAUAAGAACGGCACCAUAAACUCCCUUUCGUCUUCUGUGCUGUCCGCCCUCCGGGGAGCGAAUGCCUCUGCCACGGGCACAAGCGAGCAAAGCCGGUCAAGCACGAAUGCAAACGGUAAACCACUCUUCCGCGCUCGGCCCAUCCCUGCCACCAUCGACAAGCCAGAUAUCGUCCCCCGCACAACCCGCGCGGCGGCCCUGCGUGCUGGAAUCGCUGUCGAGAAAGAUAAUGGACCGUCGAAGCCUCGCGCGCCCGUCUCCAAGGAGCGCGAAGCCCAGAUGUUCGCGGAUGUGCCUGGGUACGGCUACCGCAGCGAGAAAUUCAAGGUCGCCUCUACAGCUGCCCCUAAGGUUGCUCCUCGCAUGUCUCGGGCGGCUGCGCUGAGGAUGGGUCUCAAACCUGAAGAAUCGCCAUCUCGAGCGAAACCGAGGCCUUCGAGCUUCGCUGCCCCCGUUAACGUCACAAAGCUUGCCCCGAAGACUGGGACAUUUGAUGGCGUGCCGGGACACAAGCGCCGCGAGACCAUCACGGUAGCGAGCGUGAAAGCGCCGACAGUUGCUCCUAGGUUGAAUAAGGCCGCUUCGCUGCGCGCUCAGAAGGAGGCCGCGCCGCCUUCCUCAUUCAAUUUCCGUGGAUCGAGCCAGGCCCCCUCAUCGCGCUCAUCUUCUCGCGCGUCUAUAGGCGGCCCCCGCCCAUCGACCUCGUCGGGGGGGAAUUAUAUUGCUCGACCAGCCUCCGUCUCGCGGACUGCUUCACAGACGUCCACCACGUCCGGAACAUCGUCGCUCGACGGGCACAAGCGUGCGAUCAGCAGUGCCGCAACUUCAACGUCUACUGUUGACAAGCCGAAGCCGAAGCCCCGCCCAAGCAGCCUUCAAGCACCGACGAUGGCACCGAGGCAGAAUAAGGCCGCAUUACUACGCGCAGCAAAAAUGGAGGCGGAAGCUGCGAAGAACAAGGCCAAGCCCGGACCCCGUGCUGUCUGGGCCUGAACGAUAAACACUACAAUCCGUAUACCAGACAUCAAUUUCUCCUACGAUCAUCUCCUAGAGAUAUCGCGUGGCGGACCCCUUCACUAUUUGGAAGACGCCUCGCGCUGGCUCCGUAUAUCUUGCGUCUUGUGUUUCAUAGUUCGCCUCUAAUAUUGGGUGUGUUGCUUGGGCUGUGCGUAUUUUCCCUAUCUAUCUCGAACUCAGGUCGGACAAAGACCCACUGUAUGCCUACUCCCUAUGUUCUUUGCACAUAUGUUUCAAAUCAAGAAUACCUU